AUGGCGGAAUUGGCCGGGCCGCGGGUGUACAGCUGCUGCCAUUGCUGGAACCACGUCUGCCUCCACGACGAUGUCAUCUCCAAGGCCUUCCACGGGAGGAAUGGCCGCGCAUUUCUCUCCUCUCACGCCAUGAACAUCACCACGGGGGCCAAGGAGGACAGGCAGUUCAUGACGGGGCUUCACACGGUCACCGACAUCCACUGCCGUGGCUGCCGCGAGGUGCUCGGAUGGAAGUACGAGAGAGCCUACGAGGAAUCCCAAAAGUACAAGGAAGGCAAGUUCAUAUUUGAAAAAGACAAGAUCGUGCAGAAGAAUAGAGAGAUGGCGGAACUGGUUGGGCCGCGGGUGUACAGCUGCCGCCAUUGCCGGAACCACGUCUGCCUCCUUGACGAUAUUAUCUCCAAGGCCUUCCAGGGGAGGAAUGGCCACGCGUUUCUCUCCUACCACGCCAUGAACGUCACCACAGGGGCCAAGGAGGACAGGCAGCUCAUGACAGGGCUCCACAUGAUCACCAACAUCCAUUGUCGUGAUUGCCAGGAGGUGCUCGGGUGGAAGUACGAGAGGGCCUACGAGGAGUCCCAGAAGUACAAGGAAGGCAGGUUCAUAUUUGAACAGGCCAAGAUCAUGCAGGAGAACUGGUAGGCAAAUAAACAAAAGAUUCAACAAGCAAUGUGCCAGCCAGAAUGCUCUUAUGACUUUGUACAUAGCAGUCUGUCCGUAUGUUCUUGAAGUAGCAGUCUGUUGGUCUUAUUUCCAUGCCAUUUGUAAUUU